CAACAAAUGCUACCAUACUCAUUCUGAGUCUUCCCGGUCAGAAACCAAGAAGACAGUCAUUGCAACAGAAAUACAGAGCUUUCAGAUACUCCCUUCCUGCUACUCAGAUUGUCACGGGAUUCCUGGGGCCUUACUUCACCAGCUGGAAACCUCUGUGGCUGGUGGUACCUUCUGCCUGAGUUUUGCUCAUGCCUGAUGGGCUCCUUUUGUCCACCCAUCCUGGAAGGCUGCACUCGGCUCAUGCUAUCAGCCUGGAUCCCAUACUUGCCAAGGGAAAGCCAGGCUCCGAUUGGUGAGGGGUGUGUGGGCGAGUGAAUAUGGGGUUCAGUUGUUGCGCACAGCCAGGCACACUGGCUGCUGCAAGGGGGCAGGCAGCUCCAGGCACUGCAGCUGAGCCAGAUGUACUACAUGCAGCUUCUGUUGUGGGCACUCAUGCCUGGACAAGGGGAAUGUAGUGGUGCCUGGAAACUUGGAGAUGCCAGGAACCACAGAGCCCCAAACUGAGUAUCAUCAUAGCCCUAAUGUGGGGAGCCCCUACGUCAGGGCUCCCCUAAGGGCCGCAGCUCUUUUCUCCUCCUCACUCACAACAUGGUGAGUGGCGGGGUAUGUUUCAGCCCUGUUUGUGUUACAGCCCUUUCAGUCCUGCCAUUCAGUACGUCCUGAGUUCUUGUCCCACAUCCAGGAAUAACGAGGUACAUGGAAAACUGGAGGGUAAACAAAGCGGAGAGGAGCUUCACUGAGUGACAGAACAACUGUCAAUAGACCCAAAGUGGGUAGCUCCUUUCCGCUGGCAGGUUGCCGCCCUCAGUGGAGAGACCAGGUGUGGGUAGCUCCCAUCUGCAGGCAGGCUGUCCCAACAUCUCUGUGAGUGUAGCUGAGUGGGGCAAGGGGCGGAAGUGGGAGAGGGUCGUUUAUGAGCUUCAGAAGGGAGAAAAUGCAUUGUGCAUGCUGAUUGGCCCAUGGGCAGCCAUAGGCAGGCCUGGAAAAAGCACCAUAAGUUCUUACUCCAAGCCAUGGACUCCACCCAGAACUAACAGCCCAGACCCUAUACUUCAGGCAAUCCCUGGCUUGAAGCGGGGGCUUCACUGUGGAGUCACCCUUUUCUGUGCGGAAGUCUGUCUUCCUCCUGCUGCUAUCAAUCAUAUUGUUCAUAGUGACCACGCUGCUCAUGCCGAGGAGUGCCUGCAGGCUCCUUCUAAGCUGCCAUCAACUCUGCCUCAGCCUCCCUCCUAUGCUGAUCGGCGCUCAAAGUCCGAGGGGGCCAAGGGCCAGUGUUUGGCAUGUCAGCGUCACCCCAAGCAUGCGCACACACGGCCAGCUCAGAAGAGCACUCCGGCUUGGCCUCAACUUUGCUCUAAAAUCAGAGUGGGCACCAGGCACAGGGAGAAGUCAGGCAGUGGGAGCAAGCGCUUCUGAGCCUGUGAGGCUGAGGGGGCUCACAGGUCCCCAAGAGCACAGGGCGCCCAGGUCUGCAGCUGUGGCUGGGUGGCUGCAGCAGUGCCUGGGAGGACAGGGCUCCUCCCACCGUGCCAAUUCAGAAAGGGGCAGGGCUCCCCCUGUUCCCAGUCCUAGCUGCACCUCCCCAACUUCAGCCCAUGUCUUUGCAGCAGCCACUCCAGACGGGCUGCCACUGCCAACAAGAUGACCUAUUUUGCCAAUAUUCAUCAACUAGAACAUAUUUCACAUAAAGGAAUAUGCCAAUAAGAUGGAUGCUUUCAUUUAUGAUGAAAAUAAUUAUUACAGCGAAUAGUCUGUAUAAUGGCAGCUAUAACAACUGGAUCUACUUGACAAGGUGGAUGUAACAUUUCAAACUAUUAAAAAGGGUGUUUUGAAUUAAUAUAAAAUAAAGAAUGGGGCUGGAAAUAACCCAUCUACCAUUUUACUGAAUGAAAAAAACCAUUACUAUUCUGUAUAUACUGUGAAGAUAGUAAAUUGAGACAUAAAAUAUUUUUUGUGACUUAAAAAUAUAAGU